CAGAAGGAAGGUGGAAACGCCGCACCCAUGUCUAUGGCCAGCAAAACUCUGCAGGUUGCAGGAGGUCAAGAGGAGCUAGACGCGAGCGCGCGAGUGUUUCAAUGGAACAGGAUACUGAUGAAGACACUGGGCCUGUGGCCGGCGACGCAAAGUGAUUUGUGGUUUGGAAUCAAUUUCGGCUACUUCUGCUAUCAAAUGAUUCUCGAGUAUCUUGAUCUCUUCCUCUUCAUUGAUAAUCUCGAGCACGUCGUGAUGAACCUCACGGAGAAUAUGGCCUUCUCGCAGAUCUUCAUUAGGAUGUUGAUGCUGCGACUGUACAAUGCUCCCUUGGGAAAAAUCAUUGAAGAAGCUAUGAAGGAUUUUGAUACUAAGGAUUACGUCGGGGAGGAGAUCACGACGUUUACAGCUUAUCAUAAAAAAUCCAUAAUAUUUAUGAAACUUUUGAUGUCAAAUACAGCGCUCACGGCUUCGUCUUACUAUGUGAAACCGUUGCUUGGCCAGUUGGGUGACGUAAUAGCGUACUUGGAAGGUGGAAAUGCAAGUUUUAUCUACGUGCUGCCUUACCGCUUUCACACUUUUUACGAAUUAGACGCCAAGUCUUAUUUUUGGACCUACGGCUCUCAGCUACCAUUCGUCUUCGUCAGUGGUUUUGGUCAGAGCGCAGCCGAUUGCCUCAUGGUUACCCUCGUUUACCAUGUAUCUGGCCAGAUGGCUGUUCUGGCUACGAGGAUUACAAAACUUGACACCGAAUCCAUAAACUGCAGCAGUGAACUUAGACGGCUGGUUCAGUCCCACAUUAGACUACUCACGAUGGGUCAAAUGAUACAGGAUGCUUUUAGUGCGACACUACUCGGUCAUCUGAUAGGCGCUACAUCUCUGGUUUGCAUCCUUGGAUAUCAAAUAUUAUUGUGUUUGGCUAUUGGAGAAAGCGCCAUUUUGGUAUCUUUCUUCGCUUUCAUCUUUCUGGUACUACUGGUACUCUACGCUCACUGCACGGUUGGCGAAAGUCUAAUCACAGAGAGUAACCGAGUGUGCGAGGCCUAUUACAAUUGCAAGUGGUACAACAUGUCGCAGAAAGACGACAAAUUAGUCAUGUUUGGUAUAGCUCGUUCACAAAAACCGAUGAUGCUCACUGCUGGCAAAUUCAGCAUGUUCUGUCUCGCUACACUCACCAGCGUAAGUUUGUCUGAAACACUCGCUGUAGCCUGCCUCGAAUGUACACGCAGCUUGAAACGAGACUUGCUCUUUCAGCGAGAAUUGAACAGCGCGGAGAUGGUCUUUCAUUGGAGCUUGAGGUUGUUCUCGCUGCUCGGCAUCAAUCCUUUAAACUUCAACGACCCGCUAUUCACGAUAGUUCUGCUCUACUCGAUACUGCACUUGAUUCUGAGCUGCGCCGAUCUACCAAACAGCAUGGGAAGCAACUUGAGCGUGAUCGUCGAUGCCAUCACCGAAAUCGGCUCGAUGGUCACUGUUCUGACCAAACUGCUAGUCUACAAAUGGCAACGCUCCGAGCUGGCCGCGAUCAUGAGUGACAUUUUGAAAGACUACGCGAUCGGCGAGUACAGUAGCGUGCUGGAGGUUCACAUUUUUGUCGACUACGUGCUGAAAGCCAAAACCUUCUUCAGGAUAUUCGUCAGCUUCGGUACUACCGCAUCCGUCUGCUACUACCUGAGAUGUUUCGUCAUCUCGGGCAUCGGCAUUCCUAUGAUCACAGAUUCGUCGAACACGACAAAAUACUUACUACCCUAUCGCAUGCGCUUUUACUACCCGUUGGUGAACGCUAGGCUGUACAUCAGCGCCAUGGUCUACGUGCUACCGGUGAUCCCCAUAACGGCGUUCACCAUGGUGGCCGACGCCGUGUUGCUUUUCGCAUUGCUAGCCCAUCUGUGCGGACAGCUGUCGGUGUUGUCACGCUGUUCAUUGCGACGCUUGGCCGACGACGCCGGGGAAUUCCGUCGGAGUGCCGCGGUCGCCAUCGCCAAGCACAAUCGACUGAUUCGGAUCGCGAAAGCCAUCGAUUCGGCGUUCAAUUUAUUGCUACUCCAGCAAGUGAUGGGCAUCACUUUCUUCCUCUGCAUGGUCGGCUAUAAUUCGCUUAUGAACUGGGACAGCCGUGAAACUAUCACGGAAAACAUACUGAUGCUGACGCUCGGUGCUCUCGCCGCCAACAUGACUUUCCUCUUGUUUGCCUACUGUUACGCGGGCCAGUGCCUCAUCGACGAGAGCUUGUAUUUGUUCGACGCCGUGUACGACAGCUGCUGGUAUAAACUUGGCUCGGCUGACAUGAAGUACUUGGUGAUGUUUUUAAACCAAACGAGACGUCCGCUGGCCAUCACCGGAGGUCGAUUUUACGUAUACUCGCUCCAAAAUUUUCUAUCUCUAUACUCUUUGAGUACAAUGACAAGAUUAUGGUGGUGCUACGUGUCCGAUGGGGACGCAUUAAAACUAUAAUCUAAUGCUGCACGUACGAUUUCUGACUUCGAAGGAAAAGGAUCAGGAUUCCGG